AUGUCGCCCAAACCGUCUGGUGCUGUGGCAAUUCUCGCUGGAGGCAUUGCUGGGGCCUCGGAGACUGUUAUCACCUAUCCUGCAGAGUUCCUUAAAACACGGAGACAGCUUCCUGUCAGCAACAGCGGCAGGCCGCUAUCUUCGGUUGCUAUAUUUCGUUCUGUACUCAAGUCGCAAGGCAUUCGGGGCGUCUAUGCAGGAUCUCCAGCUCUGAUUGCCUCCAACACAGCCAAGGGAGGGGUACGGUUCUUCAGCUAUGAGAGCAGUAAGAAGGUGUUUGAGCGAAUUCUCGGACCAAACAAUGUCUUCGUCAAUGUUCUGGCAGGUCUGUCGGGAGGCAUUACCGAAUCGAUCCUGGUCGUGACUCCAGCCGAAGUUCUAAAGACACAGUCAAUAGAUAUGGCUGCUGCCGGAUCCGGGAGAUUGAGUACUCUUGCGGUGGCCAGGCAAGUUAUGAGGCUUCAUGGCCCACUGGGUUUGUGGAAAGGCCUUGCUCCCACCAUGUGCAAACAGGCAACCAACUCAGCAGUCCGGUUUGCAAGUUUUCAAGCUAUAAAGGAUUGGAUUUCGACAACAAGACUGGCCAAAGGACUGAAUAGCGCAGGCCUGACUCUCCUUGCAGGUUCCCUGAGUGGCGCUGUGACGACGUAUGCUUCAAUGCCUUUCGACAAUAUCAAGACCAGAAUGCAGAGUACAAGCAACUCACAUCGGAGUAUGUUGUCAUGCGGAAUGUCCAUGCUCAGACAGGAAGGAAUCAAAGUGUUCUGGCGGGCAACAACUCCCCGACUUGUCAGGUUAAUGCUUUCCAGCGGAAUUACUUUCGCGGUAUUCGACCAGGUGACCGCGUUUUGUGCUUUAUUGAAUCAAAGUCGGCGAGAGACAUCGAGCGUUCUUUGA